AUGGGUUGCGGUGCAUCUGCGAGCCAGGCUGUCUGGCCAAAGCGAGCUGAAAAGCGAGCAUCGCAUCAGCAUCCGGAUGCAGAUCCAGAGCUGCAAACUUUGUUGGACAAGCAUGGCUUGUCCACUCAAAUGGAAUCCUUACAGCGACUGGGUGUGACCAGACCUGGUCACAUCGCAGAUUUGUUGGUGACCGACUUGGAGGAGGCAGGCUUGUCGCGGGUUCAGAUCCGGCAGCUUCAACGAGAUGUGGCCCGAGUGCCAGCAGCCUCCACUAGUUCCGAGUCGCCCGAGGUCUCACCGUGUGGAAUUCAACAUCCAACAUUCGAUGAUGUCGCCGUGCCUCCCAAGGAGUCAGCGGCAAGCCAUGACGGAGAACCACCUUGCUCAGCAGCCGUGCUUUCGGAAGAGUCUCCAUCAGGGCCUUUGCAGCCGCUCCGGCAGCUGAAGUCCUCGAUUUGCGGAGAUUGCUCGGAAACGGAGCUUGAGAAAAGCCCAGGCUUGGGCGCAAGCGUUGUGGAGCAGAGCAAGCCUUGGAGCGCGGAUGGCGACGAUCGGAUGGGGAGAAAUGUGGGCCAGGCAACUCCGAAGGAGAAAACGCCCACCCAUCAAUCUGGUGGCAAGCCGCCCCUGUACAAAAACACCGCCCCAAACCCACAGUCACCUUCGGUCAGCCCGAAGCAGCAUUUAUCACCGGCGACGGCUGCCACUGGCUCUAGACCGGACUCCCGUGAAACACAAGGGACACCCCCACUUCCCCACAGCAUCGGAGAUGACGAAGACGUCGUGCCUAGCGGCAACGUUGGCGAUGUCGAGAAUGCAGAGCUAGCGGACUUGGAGUUUGACGUCACUCUUUUGCCGGAGGUGGCGACAUCGUCGCUGAAGGAGAGCCUUGUCCAAGAUGCCUUUGCGCCAGCGUCGGCGGCAAAAGCACCACCGGUGAGGCCGCAGGCGUUUGGAGCUGGACCGCAGCCGCAGGUCAACCGCGAUGCUUUAGCUCCCAGUGCCCAGUUGCCAGUGGCACUGCGACAGCGCCUCGCAGCAAGGGAGGAGGGGCUGCGUGAGAAGCGCCAGAAUCGCCAGUCCGAGAGAUCCGACGAGCCGUGGAUGGAAAGGCCUGGCCCGAGGACGCGCAGCCCUCCCGGGCGCCUUCGCAGUGCCUCCGAAGGCCCUUCAGUGCAGCGCGCACAGGCCAGGGGAAGGCCAGCCUCCGUUGGCGCAGCAGGGAGGCAGAUGUUUGACAAGAAUGAGCUGCGUGCUUUUCAUCGAGACCUCUUCAUGCAGGCAAUCGGCAAGUACCAGGCGAAGAUUCCCACGUGUGUCCAAGAGCCAGUGGACGGAACGUUGCUUCCAACUGGUCAGAGCCAAAGCUCCGCAAAAGCGAAACCAGUUCGGGUUUAUGCACGGAAGCGACCUUUGUUUAGUGAGGAGGUCGCCAAGCGCAAUGAUUUCGACGUUCUGCACAUCAUCCCUGGCCCUGGGACACCAUCACAGCUGGUUCUUCAUAACUGCUUGUUCCAAGCGGAUCUCCGUACCCCUAUGGUGCACCACCUGCGCUUUGCCUUUGACCAGGUCUUCUCGCAAUCGGCAGAGGAUGAGGAAGUAUAUAAAGUCUGUGCCGCGAAUCUCGUAUCUGCAGCCCGCACGGGACAGGCCAGCACUGUGUUGAUGUUUGGCCAGACUGGGAGCGGCAAGACGCACACCAUGAGGGCCAUCGAGACGCUAGCAGCAGAGGAUUUAUUCCGUGGAGAAUCGAAGCUGUCGAUCAGCUUUGUGGAGCUUCGGGGCUCGCGCUGCUUCGAUUUACAGGUUCCAAACUUGCCCGAGCUGAAGCUUCGCGAGGUGCGCGAGGCAGCUGGAAAUUUCUUUGUAGCCGAAGGCGCGGCUGAGAUCUUUCCAGAAAACGUUGAGGCAGCCUGUGCCGCACUUCAGGCCGCAAGGCAGCGCAGGGCCACCUUCGUCACUGAAGCGAACGACGAGAGUUCUCGAAGCCAUGCCGUCUGCACGAUAAGAGUGCUGGAUACAGGCGGAUGCUUGACUCUGGUGGACUGUGCUGGAACGGAGCGGCGGAAGGACUCUGCAAAUCAUUGUCGUGAGCGACAACACGAGGGAGCCGAAAUCAAUGCGUCCCUGUAUGCACUCAAAGAGUGCAUUCGGUUUAUGUCUGCCAGGCAGCGCAUUCCACCGCAUGCCUUCCGAGCUUCAGCGCUCACAAAGCUGCUUGCACGAUGUUUGUCUCACUUGAAUACGUCUUUCCUUUCCGUCAUCUGUACCCUGGCUCCGGCUGCAUCAGACACCGAGCACACGCUAUCCACGCUGCGGACGGGUGCAGCUCUGAGAGUGAAAGCUGCCUGUGGGACCGAGCGGGAAGUCCUCCCAAGUGUCUCAGUGAAGAAUCGAGAUCCGCAUCCUCGGCAAUGGUCUCCGCAUGAAGUUCGGAAUUGGCUCUGUCAGGUCGAGAACGGCAUUUUUUCUGACGUGUGCGCAGCGCUCCCAGCGGAGUUCACCGGCCAGAUGCUUGCGACACGACUGCAACGCUUCCACCUCCGGAACAUAGUCGCCUGA